AGGAACUGCCCCGCGCAGCCCGUCCCGGGCGAAGGGCUCGCUCUGGGCUCCGCGCGUGCCGGUCACUGUGGAGGAGACAACUCGUUCCGAGCGCGCCACGCACAGGGGUCAGAGAAGAGAGACCCGCUUCACGCACUGGCAAGGGGCGGGGUUGGUGCUAGCCUCUAGCGCCGGGAGCCGGAGCUUGACGCCGCCCGGGUGCGGACCCACCGCCCCUCCCCGCUCGGCACCGCCUCCCGCAGCCCGGGGAGGGGCCGGGGCGGAGCUAGCCUGGCCGCGCCGGGGCGGAGCGGGCGCCGGCAGAGCUCGGCGCGGGGCUGGCAGCGAAGGUCCGCGGCGGGAUAGGCGUCGCUGCGGCUGCCGAAGAUCUUCCCCCCACGCUUCCCGCCACCCCGGCCGGUAGUCCCCACAGACCUACCUUCGCGGCCCGCGGCGGCUCCGCUGCCUCCUUCCAAAGGAGGUCCGGCUCCCCGCUCUCCGGACCCGCCUGGCGACCUCGCCUCCGGCGGGGCGGGCGGCUGCGGCGCCCGGGGCAUGGCUUCGGCGGGCAGCGGCAUGGAGGAGGUGCGCGUGUCGGUGCUGACCCCGCUGAAGCUGGUCGGGCUGGUGUGCAUCUUCCUGGCGCUGUGUCUGGACCUGGGGGCCGUGCUGAGCCCGGCCUGGGUCACGGCCGACCACCAGUACUACCUGUCCCUGUGGGAGUCCUGCCGGAAACCCGCCAGCUUGGACAGCUGGCACUGCGAUUCCACGCUCAGCAGCGAUUGGCAGAUUGCUACUCUGGCUUUACUCUUGGGCGGUGCUGCCAUCAUUCUUAUCGCAUUCCUGGUGGGUUUGAUUUCUAUCUGCGUGGGAUCUCGAAGGCGCUUCUACAGACCUGUUGCUGUCAUGCUUUUUGCAGCAGUUGUUUUACAGGUUUGCAGCCUGGUCCUUUACCCAAUCAAGUUCAUUGAAACUGUGAGCUUGAAAAUUUACCAUGAGUUCAACUGGGGUUAUGGCCUGGCCUGGGGUGCAACUAUAUUUUCAUUUGGGGGUGCCAUCCUUUAUUGCCUGAACCCUAAGAACUACGAAGACUACUACUAGAACCAACAGUCUCACAUUUUAAAAAACAACCAACCAUCCAACAAAAGGAUUACGUCUGUUAUCUUUUCUAACUCACUGUUUUCUAAAACACAUGUGGAGCAUCAAGCAGUUUCCUCAGUUGACUUAAUAUCUUUUGCCUUUUGGCUGUCAACAUCAUAACCAGCUUUUACAUCCAUUUUAGGGACCUGCACAAAUUAAGAGAGCUGAUUAGACAUAGGCAAAUGCUGCAAACUUCCAAUAUGGUCAUGUCAUUUUUCUUGACAAGUGAAGGGUCUAUAUAGGCAAUGCUUUGGCAAUCAACUUCUCCCCGGGAAGGGAGUCAAGACUUGGAGACAUGUGCUUUUCAUUGUGCGGUUAGCAGUUGUGCCUCAGCCAUAUCUAGAAUGAGGAGAAUUGAGAGUCUCUGCUUUCCCUGGGGCAACUAGAAAGAAAUAUGCAUGAGUUGCUUUUGUCCGAAGUACCCUUUAAAUCAUUUACCAAACAUUACUGCAAAUAAUUGUGCGUAUGUAACAAGCUUAAAUAUUUUUAUAGAAGGUGAACCAUUAGUAUAAAUGGUAAUAAGUUGUUCCCUACUCCAAUACAUGCAUUUGCCUAUUACACAUAAAAGUAAUAUUUGCUUUAGUGAAGUGAUUUGAACACUAACCUUGUACACGUUAAGAGGCUUAGAUUGGUAUUCACACUUACUUACUGUACAAAAGUACAUAUACCUUAAAGCUUUUGCUCUGUGUUCUCUACUGUUUCACUGGAAAGUUUUAAUAGAAUUGUAUAAGAAGAAAAAUUGAAAUGGUGUUAAUCUGAAAACUCAUGAUUCUUCUGCAAGCACUGUAGUUCAAAAGAGAGUAGCAAUUAGAAUGAUCAUUUUGUUAAAAGUUCAGUAAAAUAGAAGGCUGCUUUUUUUCAAGUACUUUAAAUGUCUUUAUUAAAAAAUAAAAGAAUAGUGAUAGAUUUAUAGAAAUGUCUAAAUGUCUUAGUAGAGGAGUAGAAUUCAUCUGGUUAUCACCUGGUCCUCUGAAGUUAACUAAUGGGCUAACUGAUUUGUGUACACAAUUAUGAUGGAUUUAUGUUAAGGGAAUCAUUUGUUGGCUGUUCAAAUGGAAGGAAAUAUCAAUGAUAGGGAAUAAGUUUGCAACUAAUCUCACACUGCAAACUUGCAUUAAUCCUGUUUAAUACACAAAUUUGGAUAGUUUAAUUAUAAACAUAUUUUUAUAUCAAAUAAUACAGUUCUAAUAUAAAAGUUAUAGAUAGUUAUUUUUGUUAACAAAGACACUAAAACAGUAUGUCUUGGUUUUGGCCCUUUUGCACAGAGAAGCAUUGGAAAAAUCAUUUAAAACCUACUUACGUUCUAUUGCAAAAUCCGCUAAGAGCAGGACCACAUCAAUAGUAUUUAAUAAUUUGCUUUACCUCCCAGAGCAUAGUUCUGCUUUCAGCUUGUCUUAAAAACUGUUGCCAGAACAACAGGGAAAAAAAAUCUAUUUUAUUAUUCAAACGCUUAAAAAAAACCCUUCCAUCUUGUGACUUCUCUAUAGAAUCACAAAGUAAAUAUGAAGAACCUGGCUUAAUCUUACUUUAGCAAUGACAGACAAGAGUAAUUAAAUGCAUCCUAGAGAAAAACCUUUAUAAAAGUAUAUGGUUCUCUAUAGACUCAUAAGAAACUAUGGGUGGAAGUUUUUCAGAAAGAUAUUAGUAUCACAGAACCUUCUGAAGCAAUUUUCUUGAGAAAUAGUGAAAUCUGGGCCAGACUGUCUUGCAGUUAAUUGCAUACUGUCAGAGCAGCAUGAGAAAUAUGGUAUUUGUUGGGUAGGGAUUUUGGCUACUAAACACUCUCUAUUGUGAGAGAGUCUCUUUAUUCCUGAAUAACGGGAGAACAGUACUUUGGUGCUGACAUCAGUGAGGCACUUUUCUUAGUCUUAGUAGAGGAUGCAGUGUGCUGUUAGACCGAUAUCACAUCUCGAUUCUUACCAAGUUUUUAUUCUCUGUCAAUAUGACAGGCUGGAAAAUGACAGAAUAUGUUAUAGGCUAAGGCACACAUAUUUGCAGUACACUCAAAGGUAGAUUUCUUAUAUAACUUUUCUCCCCUUCCCAGUGAAGAGCCCUAUGUUAUAUUUCUACCAUCACUAAUAUUUGAAAGUAUUUCAUGACUAACAAGCUCAGUACAACACGAAAGUUGUUGCUCAUCCGAAAUACUGUUUCGUCUAUCAGAAUGAACACAAGUGAAUUUUCACCUACAUUACGUCUUUGCAGCUUUAGGUUUGUUUGAUGUUUUCUUACAAGCAAAACUGUUGACUAUAAAUCCAUUGUUUAUCUUAGAGUGAUAUAUACGCAUACACACAUAGAGCAUAAAGUACUCAGCAGGGCUAGUUAUUUGGAUUUCUUGCACAACUAUUUAGCUUUUUGUAAGUUCAACAUGUAAAUUUUAAAGACAAAUAUAGAGAGACCUAUGUGUUUGAAAUAUAAAUGAUAUAUAUGGAUUAGCAUGUACCUGUAUAUUAUUAAACAUGCAAUGAACUGACUGGUAAGUGACGUCUAAUUGUAUGGCUAGCAAUGUAAUUUAUUCAGACUGUAUUUUUGUACAGAGCAGCGCACACUAACCUAUGCCUCUGUGUCCUCUUUAAUGCCUAAAACUGUGCCUAGAAAUUUCAUCUGUCUUAAAAAAUAAAAUUAUACUUCAUGCUGUUUAUGCUAUAGUUUCUCUACUGCUGUUCUAUAUUUAUUAUUUUUAAAUAUAUGACAUGUUUACUACUUAAAUAUGAAUCCAUGGUAUUCUGGUUAUUUUUUCUAACAGUCCUCUGGAGGAAACCUGUUUAUCACUCCAGUGGUUUUGAGUUUGCAGUUUCGCGAUCGGUUCUUCAUUUCAUGAUUUUUGUAGCUGACAUGAAGUUAUCUAUGUGGAAAAAAUAAAAAUAAAAGUGGUUUCACUGA